AUGCCCGGCCUAAGAAUCCUCAAAGCCCUCCCUUUAAAGAUGAUUUCCAUCCCCCUCCUGGUCAUCUCCGGCCCCUCCGGCGCCGGAAAAUCAUCCCUUUUAGACCGCCUACUCAGCAACCAUCCCAAAAUCUUCGGCUUCUCCGUGUCUCGUAAUCUCUCCCAAAGACCCCAACAUCCUCACACAACACCAGAGGCUGAAAACAGGCAGAUACCACCCGCUCUCCCCGUCCCGGUGAAACCGAUGGACGACACUACCACUUCACGAACUGCGCAGACUUCGAGUCCCUCAGGGCGCAAAACCACUUCAUCGAGUCGACCGAGUUCGCCGGGAACCUUUACGGGACGAGCAUCGGUGCCGUGAAGGAUGUUGCAGACAGUGGGAGGAUGUGCGUUCUUGAUAUCGACUUGAUGGUUAGUCAUCCCGCUGAUUACGGUUGCAGUAUGUCAUAAGUCUGCGGGACGGACUGUUAAGGGAGGGGGAUACGGUACGAGUACAGGGCGUUAAGCAGAUCGAGAGUAAUCCAUACGUGCAAUCCAAGCGGGUUCUUAUCAAGCCUCCGAAUCCCGAGACGCUACGGAGGAGGCUGCAGAAGCGUGGGACAGAGGCACCGGAGGCUGUGGAGGCCCGUCUGGCGAGGGCACGGAGUGAACUGCAAUCCGCAGAGGGGAGUGGCAUAUACGACAAGGUCAUAGUCAACAGCGACCUUGACUUGGCUUAUCGGGAGCUGGACGAGUAUUCAAUGUCACUCUACCGACUUGUAAACAAAAGAGAUCAUGUUUGA